AUGCACACUCAAGGUAUUUCAAGCAAGCACUUUGAAUAUUCGAACUGUUUACAAAAGAUAUCUGAUGCUAUUCAGAAAUGGGAAACUACACGAAAUUCUGUCAUCAAAUCUUGCCAAAGGUUAGAAGAGAGUCAUAAAGAGGACAAUCGGUUAGCAAAUGUACAGCCUUGUUUUUCACUACCAAUAUUGAAUGAACUCAUUGAAACACGAUUGGACACUUCAAGAAAGUUAGCAAUUGGUAAAUAUCAAGAGAAAUCAUUCGAUGCGAUAGAUAAAUUUAAUGUUUCAACAAAUAAUUUGUUAUCUAUCAUGAAUUCAUUGGUUGAGAACAUUAUGAAUCAUCAGUCAGUGUCAAGUAAUCAACUGCCUAAAGUUAUGACUAUUCAAAGUAUCCUGAAUUCGAUAGACGCCUUCAAGACAUUGCUGAUUAAUGAAUAUGAUGCUAUUAGAUUGUAUCAUGUUAAACGUGUUUUUAUUCAUUCCGAUAGUUUCAAUGAUUUAUUGGUCAAUAGCAACCCUUUACCUGAUAAUUCUCCUACUAAACUUGUGUGGUGUAAUGAAUUUAUUGUACAGUUGAAUACAUUACUUGAUUUUUUAAUAUGA